AUGAAUACUUUUUAAUUUGAGGUGAAAACAACAAAAAAUUAGUCUGUAACUGUCUCUUGUGAUGAAAGGAUGAUGACAUUUAAAAAAAAAAUAGCAGAAUUUGAAUAAGAAAUUCCUUUUGACAAUCUAAUAAUUGUACAUAAUGAUGAAGAAGUUUAUAGUUAAAGUAACGAUAAAAAAAAAUAUGAAAAUAAUAAAUAUUUUAGGGUUUAUGAUGCAUAUCACCUAUUUAAAGAAUUUAAAGCUUAAGAGCAGGAAAUUAAUAAUUAAAAUAAUUAAAUAAAUAAGUAAAAUAAAGAUAUAAAUGAUCUUUAAAAACAAAUAAAAUCAUUGGAAGAGGAUAAAUAAUAUUUGUAAUCUAAACUUACAAAUAAUUUGAAUGAUGUUUAAUAAAAACAGGAACUAAAAAUUUAAGAAUAGAAAACAUAAUUAACUAAUUUAUAAAAUUAAUUAAUUUAGGUAUAAAAUAAUUUAGAAGAAUAAAUAAGCUCAUUAAAAUCAUAGAAUCAAUAAUAGUCGACUGAAAUAACAAAAUUGAAGUAAAAUAUUGAAAGCCUAAAAGAUAAUAUUAGAAAAAUUUAAGAUGAAAAUAAAAUAAAAGAAGAAUAACUCAAUGAAGCUCAAAAGACUUAAUAAGAAGCUCAAAAGACCUAAAAAGAAGCUCUAUAAAAAAUUGAAUAUUAUGAAGCUCAAAUAUUACAAUAAUAAUAAUACUUAACAGAAUGGAGUCAAUAAUAUCAAAUACUUUAAUAAUAGUGUUACUCAUUGUAAUAAGCUUACAAUGAAUAGGUCGAAACAAUUUAAAUUUUAGAUUAAUAAUUAGAAGAAAGUAAUAAAGAUAUAAAGAAGUUAAGAAAUGACUUAAGAGUAUAGAAAUCACAAUUGACGACUGAAUAUGAUAAAGAAAUUGAACAAAAAGAUUCUUAGAUUUCACAUUUAUAGCAAGAAAUGAUACACAAAAAUAAAUAAUAUGUAUAAUUAGAAAAGGAAAAUAAUCAAUUUAAAUAACUGCUAUAGAAUAAUUAGUUUAACGGUUGA